CCCAGCCCAGUCCAAACUCCGAACACUCCCGGAGCUGCGGCCGGUGGGGCCUGGGGACAGUCCGGGUGAACGGAGUGCGCCCCGCGAUGCGGUUGGACGGGUUUCGCGCGCGGCUGAGCGCCGUGGUCUGUGGGCUCCUGCUUCCCCUAGUCCUGGGCCGGGGCCAGGACUCUGCUAGCCCCAUCCGGACCACACACACAGGGCAGGUGCGAGGGAGCCUCGUCCAUGUGGAAGGCACCGAUGUGGGAGUCCACACCUUCCUGGGAAUUCCUUUUGCCAAGCCGCCUCUAGGGCCACUACGAUUUGCACCCCCUGAGCCCCCUGAGCCUUGGAGUGGUGUAAAAGAUGGGACCUCCCACCCAGCCAUGUGUGUGCAGAACAUCACUACUGCAAAUGCAGUGGCUCUGAAAUUGCUGAAUAUGACCCUGCCUCUCACCUCCAUGUCCGAGGACUGCUUAUACCUUAGCAUCUAUACACCUGCCCAUGCCAGUGAAGGCUCCAAUCUGCCUGUGUCGGUGUGGAUCCACGGUGGUUCGCUUAUGAUAGGCAUGGCUUCCAUGUAUGAUGGCUCCGCACUGGUAGCCUUUGAGGACUUGGUGGUUGUCAUUAUCCAGUACCGCCUGGGUGUGCUGGGCUUCUUCAGCACUGGAGACAAGCAUGCAACUGGCAAUUGGGGCUACCUGGAUCAAGUGGCCGCGCUACGCUGGAUCCAGCAAAAUAUUGCCUAUUUUGGAGGAGACCCUGGCUGUGUCACCAUUUUUGGGGGGUCCGCAGGUGGCAUAAGCGUGUCCUUACAUGUUGUGUCCCCCAUGUCCCAAGGACUCUUCCAUCGUGCCAUCAUGGAGAGUGGUGUGGCCCUGUUGCCCGGCCUCACUGUCAGCUCCUCUGAUGAGGUCACCACGAGGGUGGCCAAGCUGUCUGGGUGUGGCCAAGUUGACUCAGAGGCCCUGGUGGGCUGCCUGAGAAGCAAGAGCGAGGAGGAGAUUCUGGCCAUCAGCAAGCACUUCAAGUUCUUCCCUGCUGUGGUGGAUGGGACCUUCCUGCCCAGGCACCCCCAGGAGCUGCUGGCCUUUGCUGACUUUCAACCUGUCCCCAGCAUCAUUGGUGUCAACAACAAUGAGUUCGGUUGGCUCCUCCCCUUGACCCUGAACAUCUCUGACCCCAAGAAGGAAAUGGACAAAGAGAUGGUGAAAGCUACUCUACAGCAAAUGUCAUCAUUGGUGGCAUUGCCUCCUGAGGCUGGUGACCUGUUGAUAGAGGAGUACAUAGAGGACAGCGCGGAUCCACAGACCAUCAAAGCCCAGUUCCAUGAGAUGAUGGAGGACACCAUCUUCGUGAUCCCAGCACUCCAAGUAGCCAAUUUUCAGCGUUCUCAUGCCCCUGUCUACUUCUAUGAGUUCCAACAUCAGCCCAGCUUCUUCAAGGACAUCAAGCCGCCCCACGUGAGGGCAGACCAUGGUGACGAGUUACUCUUCGUCUUUGGAACCAUCUCCUGGAGAGGCUAUGUUAAAGUCACUGAGGAAGAAAAGCUGUUGAGCAGGAAGAUCAUGAAGUACUGGGCUAACUUUGCUCGAAAUGGGAACCCUAAUGGCAAGGAUCUGCCCCUCUGGCCUGUGUUCGACCAGGAAGAGCAGUACCUGCAGCUGAACACGCAGCCUGCAGUGAGUCGGGCCCUGAAGUCUCACAGGCUUCAGUUCUGGAUGAAGACCCUACCCCAGAAGAUGCAGGAGCUGAUGGAGGCGGAGAAGAAGCACACAGAGCUGUAGCUCCCUGCGUCUGGGGGCCUAAGAGCCCUGCUAUGCCUCUACGUCUGUCCAACCUGCCCUCUCCAGGCACUAGAUUCCCAAGGAGGAAAGCUUCCUUCCCUCCAGGACUUGCGAGCCCAACCAUACAUCCUCCAAAGGGCCGUCUGAAGGAUGGGGAGCAGCCACCAGAUGGCAGAUGAGGAUAACCCUUAAGCCUGGGCCGUCUAAAACUAGGGAGACCAAAGGGGCUUUUGUGGCCGCUGACUGGUGCAUACCGCUUCUCCAGCAUCCUGUAAGCAUUUAUCGAGCACCCACAGCAUGCAUGUUUUUCAGUCCUGUGGAUGCACAAUAUGCUUUUCAAAAGUGAGCUCCCAGGACCAGUUUUUUUUUAGUCAUCUUAUUAUUUUUUAACAGCUUUAUGUUGGAAUACUUUACAUAGCAUUAAAUUCACCCACUUUAAGUGUACAGUUUCACAAAUUUGGCUAAAUGUAUAAGACAUAUGACCACCAUCAUAUCAAGUGUUAGAAUGCUUCUGUUAGUCCAAAGAGCUCCUUCAUGCUCCCCUGCCAUCAAUCACUGCCCUGACCCUGGCACUGCACAACCACCGAAUUGCUUUCUAUUGCUAGUUUGCCUUCUCUAGAAUGUAAUAGAAAUUGAAUCACUUAUGACUCCUCUCUGUCACUUAGUAUAAUGUUUCUAAGAUUCAGCAGGUAGGUUCCUUUUAUUGCAGAGUAGUAUUCCAUAGAUGGUAGGCUACAUUUUUUUUCAUUCACCGAUUAAUGGAUAUUCGAGUGAUUUUUUUUUGGCUCUUUUUAUUAAAGUUGCUGUGACCUUUUCA